AUGGAGACGCAUCAGGCCCUUGCCGUAUUUAGAGUUCAGUUAUUAUUCCACCGCGAGAGUACAACUGACUUGGAUACAGGUUCCAUCCGUCUUGAAUUCGACUGUGUGCCCAACGAAAAGUCUGCCGGUCCCGAAUCCAACCUGAGUUUGUCCACUGGCUCGUACAGGCAUAAGUUGAUGACGAUGCCUAGAGACGCCAUGUUGUUGUCAUCAUGGCAAUUGAACUGCUGCGAGUUUGACAAGGAAGUUUGUUUGGAAUCUGAGCAUGAUGAUCCGGUACAUGAACGUGGUGAAGCUCCUGUGACAGAUCUUGAGAUUGAACGAGAUGCGGAGCCUGGUUCAAACUCAGACACAGGACAUGACUCCACCACUGAGAGCGCCAGUUCCAAGGACACAUGGCCUGCUGAGCCGAACCAGAGCAACGGUGGGGUAGCUGCCAGUGGUGUCGUGAGUAAGGCGGCAGAGAAGGAGAAGGAGGUGGCGAAUGGUGUAUCCAAGCUGCAGAUUAUCCGCGGACCCUUCUCCCGUGUGGGUGGGAUGCUUCUGCGGGAGGUUGCACGGGAGAGGGUUGAUCUGGUCGCAGAGAAGAUGAAGGUGAUGCCGGAGGAGCACCUGGAGGAGGUCAAGAAUGAGCUCAGGUCGAUUCUGGAGGGCACUGGAGGUUCUCACCACAUCGAGGAGUUCUUGUACUUGCAGAAGCUUGUGCAGGACAGGGAUGAUUUGACACCAUCCAUGCUUUCAGUGGCGCACCAUGUUCAGCUUGAGAUCCUUGUUGCAAUCAAGACUGGGAUACAGGCCUUUCUGCACCCCAGCGUUACCAUUCCACACAAUCGCUUGUUGGAGGUCUUCUUGUACAAGAGGUGCCGGGCUUGCCAGAGAACCUCAGAGCUGCUUGGUUGGGUUAAGGAUGUCUUCCAACAAUGUGCUCCUGGUUGGGAUAUGGAUGCUUUGUUACGUGAGCUUGAGUUUGUUUGUAAGAUAUUCCGUUUAAGUGAGGAUGCAAAAGGGAGAGUGUUGUUUAGGAAAUGUCUAGAUCUGAUUGAAAGUCUGAGGAAUGCUCCAGCUGAUUCCAUCAAUCCUACGGUGAUACUACAAGCACUCCAAGGCAAUGGGAGGCAAUACGAGGCAAUUUCAAGCGCCGGACAGGAUAUUGGCGUCGACCACCGUCGCAACGGGUCCGGGGCGGCCUUGAUGCUUCCGCGCAACGUCUCGGCGAUGAGCGGACGCCACGACAGUGCGUGCUGCUCCGACUCCGAGUACAUCGCGACGGCCGCGGAGGCAGUGACGAGUGACGACACGGACCGCCGGAUCGAGGAAGGCGCACAGGAGGUAGGCUGCGGCCAUGUCGUUGGGCCGCAGCAGCACUCCAUGCUGAGCAAGGGAGUAGGCGUGAUCGGUGAAGGCGACGUAUGCCACGUUGAGAGCCAAUACUGGCACGAAGAUGCCAAGGUUGCGCCCAGGGAUGUUGAGGGAAUGCAUUAG